CUUGUAGCCGCUCACCAAAAACUAGAGUCAGCAUCUCUCAACCAAUCCCUUUACCUUAGCGCACACAGCUGGAGAGAGACCUCGCGUCUAGAACACCUCUAUCACAACAACUCAGCGAUUAAAGUUUGGAGCUGGGACAUCAUGCCACGACUAUGACAUUAAAACAGACUAUGCUGAAGAUGUGUGCUGACCGCUCGCUGAACUGCAUUAUUUGGCUAACUAAUGCUACUGGACCCGUUCCCAUAAGCCUAACCAUGCAUCUGACACGGACCUAAUAAUCCGCUGUGGGAAUCAAGACCACUCUGGCAGCGGUGAACAAUGCAUUUACCACAAAGACGGAGACUCAAUCGGAGUCGCAUCCUCUUCUUCCUCUCUGGUGUAUUACUGUGCUGCGUCUACACCGUGACGUUCAAGGCCCGGCUGCAGGAGCCACGGGUGGCCCGCCAGGCCGCAGCAGAGGAGGACCCUGGGACAGCGCUCCCAGAGGAAGGGGGUGGUACUGAUAGUAGUACUGUUCUGGAGGUAGACACACGAGAGGUGGUGACCUCUAACCUCUCUAGCCUAACAGAGAGCUAUAAUGAUGACGUCAUCACCAGGGCUCCGACUGUGCUGGAGGGGGAUGACGUCAUCGUGAUAACUGUCAACAGGACGGACAUUAAGCACUGUAUCUACGUAGAGGACCCUGAACCUGAGCCUCCGACUGAACCUCCUCCCACCUCCCCUCCUCCUAACACCACCACCUCCCCGGGUAUCCCUGGAGACCUCCCCCACAGGAAGGGAGAGUACCCAGAGGACCUGUUCACAGUGGAGCAGAGAAGGCAGGGCUGGGUGACCCUCCACAUCCUGGGCAUGGUCUACAUGUUCGUCUCCCUCGCCAUCGUCUGUGACGAGUUCUUCGUCCCGGCGCUCGGCGUCAUCACCGUGAAGCUCGACAUCUCCGACGACGUCGCCGGGGCAACCUUCAUGGCUGCAGGAGGCUCCGCCCCCGAACUGUUCACCUCUCUGAUUGGCGUGUUCAUCUCCCAUAGCAACGUGGGCAUCGGGACAAUCGUGGGGUCAGCGGUGUUUAACAUCUUGUUUGUCAUCGGGAUGUGUGCCAUCUUCUCCAGGGAGAUGCUGCACCUCACCUGGUGGCCCCUGUUCAGAGACGUCUCCUUCUACAUCAUAGAUCUGAUCAUGCUGAUCGUGUUCUUCUUGGACAACACCAUCAUGUGGUGGGAGAGCGUAAUGCUGGUGUCGGGUUACGUGGCCUACGUCUGCUUCAUGAAGUUCAACGUGCAGAUCGAACACUUCGUCAAGACGCAGAUCAACAAACACAAAAGCAUCGUCAAGAUCAUCAUGCCAGAGGAGGAGAAGGAGAAGGAACCCAAGAAGCAGAAGAGUGGACCUCCACCACCUGAUCCACCUCAAAACAAUGUUUCACCAGAACCCAAACCACAACCUCAAGACUCACCCCAGAAGAGAGACAGAGAAAAACUGAAGGUGAAGCCCACUCUCCAGAGAGGAGGCAGUAAUGCGUCUCUCCACAACAGCACCAACAGAAACACCAUCUUCCAGCUGAUGAUCCACACACUGGACCCACUGGGAGAAGCUGGACAUGAGAAGACUGAGCAGGCCGAACCCUCGACCUCCCAGACCACACCUAAAGAAGAAGAGAAACCAGGCCCGUCAGAGACUCAGACGGACCAGGUGCCAGCGGGCGCAGGGGGGUCCGACGGCUCAGACAGCGGUGAGGAGGACGAGAGUGAAGAAGAGAGCGAGGAUGAGGAAGACGAGGAUGAUGAAGACGAAGAGGAGGAUGAGGAAAAUAAAGAGGAAGAAGAGGAAGAGGGUGAAGAGAACGAGGAACCUCUGUCGUUAGAAUGGCCAGACACCAGACGUAAACAGGCCACAUAUCUUUUCCUCCUACCGAUAGUGUUCCCUCUGUGGCUCACUGUGCCCGAUGUACGCAACCCGGCUUCCAGAAAAUACUUCGCCAUGACGUUUAUUGGUUCCAUCACGUGGAUCGCUGUGUUCUCCUAUCUAAUGGUCUGGUGGGCACAUCAGGUGGGUGAGACCAUAGGCAUCUCAGAGGAGAUCAUGGGCCUGACCAUCCUGGCAGCGGGCACCUCCAUCCCUGACCUCAUCACUAGUGUCAUCGUGGCCCGGAAAGGACUGGGAGACAUGGCUGUGUCCAGCUCAGUGGGAUCCAACAUCUUCGAUAUCACUAUGGGCCUGCCUGUCCCAUGGUUGAUCUUCUCGGCGAUGCAAGGCGGUGUACCGGUGGCGGUGAACUCCAACGGUCUGUUCUGUGCCAUCGUGCUCCUCUUCGUCAUGCUCCUCUUCGUCAUCAUCAGCAUCGCGGCGUGUCGGUGGAAGAUGAGCCGCGUUCUGGGCCUCACCAUGUUCAUGCUUUACUUCGUGUUCCUGGUGCUCAGUGUGAUGCUGGAAGACCGUAUUAUUAUCUGCCCCGUCUCCAUCUGAGGUCAGACACACCCACUUGGAACCCAGUCCACCCACUUGGAACCCAGUCCACCCACUUGGAACCCAGUCCACCCACUUGGAACCCACUCCACCCACUGGGGAGCCAGGCCCACCCACUUGGAACCCAGUCCACCCACUUGGAACCCAGUCCACCCACUUGGAACCCAGUCCACCCACUGGGGAGCCAGGCCCACCCACUUGGAACCCAGUCCACCCACUUGGAACCCAGUCCACCCACUUGGAACCCAGUCCACCCACUGGGGAGCCAGGCCCACCCACUUGGAACCCAGUCCACCCACUUGGAACCCAGUCCACCCACUGGGGAGCCAGGCCCACCCACUUGGAACCCAGUCCACCCACUGGGGAGCCAGGCCCACCCACUUGGAACCCAGUCCACCCACUGGGGAGCCAGGCCCACCCACUUGGAACCCAGUCCACCCACUGGGGAGCCAGGCCCACCCACUUGGAACCCAGUCCACCCACUGGGGAGCCAGGCCCACCCACUUGGAACCCAGUCCACCCACUGGGGAGCCAGGCCCACCCACUUGGAACCCAGUCCACCCAAUCAUUAUGUUAGCUUCAGGAACCUCUUAUUUUUUUUAAAUUUUAUUUUUACUAAAGAUGAAACUGAAUAUGUUGUACUGUACAGAGCAUUAUGGGUACUGUAGUACAUUAUACUAUAAUGAGGAGGGAGGGGGAAAAAAAGAGGCGUGUCAGGAAGUCAUUUAAAUAAUAACCGCCAAACUGUAUCGUUGUCGGUCACUAACAUUCACGGUACAGGGGGGUUAGAGGUCACCUAGUUGUUACUGUUCACAGAGGGGAUUGUGUUGUCUGUGUUGAGCCAGGUGUUGUUGAAUCAAACUGUAUCGUUGUCGGUCACUAACAUUCACGGUACAGGGGGGUUAGAGGUCACCUAGUUGUUACUGUUCACAGAGGGGAUUGUGUUGUCUGUGUUGAGCCAGGUGUUGUUGAAUCAAACUGUAUCGUUGUCGGUCACUAACAUUCACGGUACAGGGGGGUUAGAGGUCACCUAGUUGUUACUGUUCACAGAGGGGAUUGUGUUGUCUGUGUUGAGCCAGGUGUUGUUGAAUCAGUGGACACCUCCAUGGUUGGACUAUGGCUGGUCUCCUUCACCAGAACUGACGUGCAGCAGUAGAGGUUCUCUGUCCACAACAUCCUGAAGAGAGACUCAGUAAUCGGAGACGUUGUCCAGCCACACAAACACAUCCAUUUUAGUGUUCAUCCGUGUAUAAAUGUCAAUACAGUCAUUUCUUUUAGAGUUAAAAAAACAAAAACCCCCGGUUUAUCAGGUGCAGAGAGGUACAGCAGCUUUUGAGUUCUUCGUGUGAAUGAUUCAGUGUCUAGAAUAGUAAUAGAAAUGUAGUUCAGUUACACGACCCCCAUAUGUAACCAUUACGUCAUUAACUGUCAGCAUUGUAGUGUGUCGUGUGUUACGUAUGUAUGCAAUACACUUGUGUGGGUCAGAAGGAUGCAAAGAGAAUGUAUUGAUGUGUAGUAAACUAUCCAUAUGUUGUACUUACAAUCCAUGCUGCAAUUAAAUCCUUUUUUAAAAAUAA